GGCAGCAAUACAAUAAACCAGCACGUUUGGUAACCAAAAUAAAUUAAGACCCCCAGCAGUCUCCUUGAUCAACUUAUUAAAAAAGAAAUAAAUAAGCCCUAAUUCCUGUUCCUCGAUUUGUAUCGCAACCAAAUUUUCGAGUCUUCUCGUUCGUGUGUCUAUUCGAUUUGGAGAGAUGAGUACAGGCGAUCAUCUCAACAUUCAGCCAUCGGAACUGAAAUUCCCAUUUGAAUUGAGGAAACAGAGUUCCUGUUCCAUGCAGCUGACCAACAAAACUGAUCAAUAUGUGGCGUUCAAGGUUAAAACAACCAAUCCCAAGAAGUAUUGUGUUCGACCCAACAACGGUAUUGUUUCGCCGGACUCUGCAUGCAAUGUAACAGUCACAAUGCAAGCGCAGAAGGAGGCACCACCUGAUAUGCAGUGCAAAGACAAAUUUCUCAUUCAAAGUGUUAUUGCGCCUAAUGGUGCAACUGCUAAAGAUAUCACUCCAGAAAUGUUUAAUAGGGAGGAUGGGAAGGUUAUUGAGGAGUUCAAAUUAAGGGUUAUUUACAUACCUGCUAACCCUCCCUCACCAGUUCCCGAAGGAUCAGAAGAAGGAUCUUCUCCGAGGGCAUCUGCGGUUGAGGAAGGGAAUCAAAGUGCUUCAUUGUCUGAUGCUGUAACAAGAUCUUUGGUGGAGCCUUUAGAGAAAUCUUCGUCUUCAGAGGCAUGGUCUUUGAUGUCCAAGUUGACAGAGGAGAAAGCUUUUGCUAUACAACAAAAUCAGAAACUCCGUCAAGAAUUGAUAGCUCUCGACUAUCGUUUGGAACUAACAUGAAGAUUUUGUUCUUAAUCUUGGGUAUGGCAGUAGCCAACGAGCUGGUGCUUUUUCGUAGCCAUUUUGUCUUUAGGGAUGUCACUUUAUUUCUAAUGACGAGAUUUUACUUUUUAGGCUUCCUCCCUUACUAGCUUUUAUGUUUCCUUAUAUGGGACCUCUGUUCAAAUGAGAGAUCGGAUUGAAAUCACUCUUAUCCAUUAAUACUUUUUGAGUGAGUAAAACAAAGCACAAUUGAGUGCAUGCACUAUUGUCUGAGAAUGAACGCUUUUCCUUGUUGGCACUAUUAAGCAGAUGCCCAUUAUAUGGACAUGAUUCUGUUCUAAUCAUCUUCCGUACAGCUGCUGAGUAGACAAUUGUCAAUGCUUUUUUGUUUGGGUGAAAGUGUGUUUCAUUGAU